CACAUAAGUCUACCUGAGGAUGUUGAGGGUAGCAUGUAAACAAUGGCUGCUGCCUGUAAAAACUGAGUCAUGCAUGGACAUGACUCCAAAAUGCCAUCUUGGAGCGGGACUUUGCAUAGGAGAGAGAGUAGUGGGUGUCCACCCACAAGAGUCUAUUUAAACCCCUGGGAGAUGUCUCCAUUUUUGUCUUCAGCUGGCUCAGGAGAUAGGUAUCUUUGGGAGUGGAGAGGCUGAGAAACUGGAACAAAGGACAGUAACUACAGGGGAUGUGAGUGAUUGCUGGACCCAGACUAGAAGGAGGCUAGUCUGUAAAGGGAAGCUUACUGGAUCACCUCUGAAGGUGCAGAACUGCAGCUGAAGGAGGCUGAGUCUGGGCUCUGCUGAAUACCACCUCCUGGGUCCUAAUGCCAGGCUGGCUCCCCUUCUGUAUGCUAGGAGCCUUCCUGUUUUCUGUGCAACACAUCUGUAGCUGCUGUGCCCAAAACACUAGCAGUUUGCUGACUUGGGCCCAGGUUUUCAGGCGAGCACCUGAACAGCCUAAAGGUUAGUGUCUUUAGAGAAGCAAGGACACACAUGGCAAUUUUCUAUGUUACCGGGAGAUAGAAGUGUCAAUGUAACUAUUACUGUGAUAUUGGUGUGGAGUCUGCACAAGGAAAAUAUGCUCAGAUGCUAUUCAGUGAACUGUUUGAAGACUACUCAAAUGCUCUGAGACCAGUGGAAGACACAGAUAAAGCACUGAAUGUCACUCUUCAGAUCACACUGUCCCAAAUUAAAGAUAUGGAUGAAAGAAACCAAAUUUUGACUGCGUAUUUAUGGAUUCGACAAAGUUGGUAUGAUGCAUAUCUCAAGUGGGACAAAGAUGAAUAUGAUGGGUUGGAUUCUAUCAGGAUUCCUAGCAACCUGGUGUGGAGACCAGACAUUGUCCUGUAUAACAAGGCUGAUGAUGACUUUUCAGAACCAGUGAACACAAAUGUAGUAUUGAGAUAUGAUGGAAAAAUUACUUGGGAUGCACCAGCUAUAACAAAGAGCUCAUGUGUGGUGGAUGUUUCUUAUUUUCCCUUUGAUGACCAGCAGUGUAACCUUACCUUUGGUUCCUGGACCUACAAUGGUAAUCAGGUAGACAUAAUCAAUGCUUUGGACAGUGGAGAUCUAUCUGACUUUAUAGAAGAUGUGGAGUGGGAGAUUCAUGGGAUGCCAGCUGUUAAGAAUGUAAUCACGUACGGCUGCUGCUCUGAGCCGUAUCCAGAUAUUACAUUCACACUGAUCUUGAAAAGGAGGUCUUCCUUCUAUAUAUUUAACCUGCUGCUCCCUUGUGUUUUGAUCUCUUUCCUGGCCCCACUGGGAUUCUACCUUCCUGCAGACUCUGGGGAAAAGGUGUCGCUUGGUGUUACAGUUCUGCUUGCUCUAACUGUAUUUCAGCUAAUGGUUGCAGAGAGCAUGCCUCCUUCUGAAAACGUGCCUUUGAUAGGCAAAUAUUACAUAGCAACUAUGACAAUGAUCACAGCAUCCACUGCACUGACCAUCAUUAUAAUGAAUAUCCAUCACUGUGGAGCAGAAGCCCAACCUGUUCCACAAUGGGCCAGGGUUGUUAUUUUGGACUACAUGUCAAAGAUCUUUUUUGUUUAUGAUGUGGGUGAAAAUUGUACAAGUCCACAAAGAGUAAAAGCAGAAGAACAUAAAUUAAGAAAGGAUUUUAAGUAUCAGAAAAAGCAGGACAGACACAAGGUGGUGACCAGUCAACUUUCCAGGAAUAGAAACAAUGACAGUGACCUAAAGAAGAAGCUGAAUGGAGAUUUAAAUAACAGUAAUGGAGUUAAAUGUGAAAAUGCUGAGGAUGCUGUUAAUUGCUGCUCCUGUUAUAAAGUACUGAUAAAGAAUAUUGAGUAUAUUGCUAAUUGCGUUAGAGACCAUAAAGCAAACCGUGCCAAAGGAAUUGAGUGGAAAAAGGUAGCAAAAGUGAUGGACAGAUUCUUCAUGUGGAUUUUUUUUAUUAUGGUCUUUUUCAUGAGUUUCCUGAUUAUUGGCAAAGCAAUUUAACCGACACUAUUAGAGUAUAUUUAUUUUUAUGUAUGUAGGAAUGUUUAGCUAGUUUUCCUUGAUGAUACUUUGUUACUGAGGGAUGUAUCUGAGGUUUCUGUAUCUUUAAUUUUUGUAAAAACAAACAAAAUAAUUUGAGAUUGCUGUUACGUGAGUCAUCCUGUCAGAAUGAUUCCGUCAGAUCAGAGACAUCCAAACUUUGCUCAGCUAAGAUCAUAUUAGCAACUUGACAGGAGCUAAAGGCUGAGUCUAACUUGUAUUAAACUGAACAGUUGCGACUGCCCUUAUCUGUAAUAUGGAAGUGCACCCUAUGAACAAGUGCUGGACAAGUAUGCUUCACUGUGUCUUGAUUAAAACUGGUUAUGGCCUUGGGUUGGCUCAAGAAGGAGCAUUGUGUCCUAGAAGCAGUGAUUCCAAUGGGAUGCUCCUCCAUAUUAAAGAUAAUAGAAUUCCAAGGGCUACAUUUGAUCUGUGGCCUGCAGUGUGACCAACUAGCUGUGUGCUAGAUGGAAAAACACAUUUAUUUCCCUACAUGUGAAUGUUUGACAGUUCCCCUGAGACCAUCCCUGCCUAGCUGCCAUCUCUUCUUUCCUCUUUUCACUCCCUCAUUUUGCCUCAUCCUUUUCUUCUGGAUUUGUCCCAUGAGUGUUCAGACAUGUUCAUGUCUUAACACCCACCUGCCUCUAACUACUGUCCCAUCUCCUCCUUCCCCUCUAAAUUCUUUGAACUUGUUAAAAACAAUAGCUACCUUGAUUUCCUUCCAGCUAAUUCCUGCCUGAAUCCCUUACGGUAUUACUUUUUUACACCAUCAAAACCAUGCUCACCAUGAUUUCUAGGACCUUUUUUCUGGCUAAGUCUUGCACCCUCUUCCCUAUCAUCCUCCUUGAACUUUCUGCUGCCUUUGACACUGUUUCCCUACUUUCUCCUUGAUUCCACAUCUUCCCCUGUAUUUGCACAGUGUAAAGAUGUACUGUAUGGGGGUGGGAGGGGGUCUACUACCCUAAUACUACUAAAGCACGGAGUUGUGCUCUUUGUUCAACACUACUCUUUCUGUUACUUCAUCUUCCGACCCAUCCCACCUCGUUUAUCUAUCUUGCCCAUUUGUUGCAUCCUGUUUUGAUCUAGGUUGUAAGCUUGCUGGGCUAGGGUCUGUUUUCUUUGGCACUUGCCUAUGCAACAUCUAGCACAGCAGGUGUGAUUAUUGGGUGACUCCCCUUACUCUAAUACAAAUCAUAAGUCUGUUUAAAAUUUAUUAAAACAAUGUGAAAGUCAGUCAAUUGCCUAUACAAAACUGUCUCCUUGCUCAGCACAUCCACUGCUUGUGUGUUUGUUUGCUUUAUGGACAAACAAUUCUUUUACUGCUUUUUACUGCUUUUAGUCCUGCAGACCGUAUAUGCCUAAGGAAGAUGCCCCUUGCAGUGAAGUUAGAAGGUGAUACAUGAGGCAUACGCAGGGCAAGUGAAUGACCUUUACUAAGCACCUUGAGCUUUGAAACCAUGAUAUUCUAGAUGCAGUGAGAGACGCAGGAUGACACUGAAAUGGAUCCCAGUCAGAAGUUCAUGUGAUAAAACUCAUUUUCAUAAUUGUUGCAACUAAUUUGGAGUGCACCCGUGAAGAUGUAAUUUAAGAUGAGGAGUCAAAACAGCAGAGCGUUGUCAUUGUUAUCCAAAAACUCAUUGGAAGAAAGGGAUUUGUAUGAUCAUGUAAAUGAUACACUGAAUUCUUAAUGACUGGUUUUGUCUCUUGUGUGGAAUAAUUAAAGCUGAAAGCCUAUCUAGAGUCUCAUACAUAAUGCAAGCCAUAAAAGCCUAGGUUCUAGUGUAAAGAUAGUUUAUUCUGAU